GAACUCCAGUUCAGGUACAACCUCCGGCGGCGGCUCCACGCUCCCCUGCGCCACGCUCACAGAAACACGUGAUCUCUCUAGUGCUGUGUUAGUGAAUUAGUUGAUAGUGUCAUUGUCCCGAGUGAGAAGCUGGGGGUUUGGUGCCGUAAACCCGCUUUAAAGUCUUAAAGACUUCUUCUUGGAGCAGUUAGCUGCACUCGAGGUGAUGUGUUGAGUAUGACGCGGUGAUGACCCCGCGUUAGUGAGCGGUGGUCUCUUGUGUGUGUGUGUGUGACCCGCCCACACACGCCCACACGCCCACCAUGGCCACAGUCACGCCCCCGAGGCCCGUCCCCGCCGGCCACCACCUGGACCACUGUGACAUGGCCAAGUCCUUACCGCGAGACUACGGCGCCUCCCUGCGUGACCUGUCCCUCGGUCCACCUCUCAACUUGUCCCGCCACACCGGAGGCUUCACCGUCCAUCGGGACCACUUGGGAGGGUCCUGGGACCAGUUGGAUGUCCCUAGGACGCCCCUGCCGUACCUCCGGGCGUCCUGGGACCACCUGGGACCAACGUGGGACCAGAAGGGGGACAUGUCACUCGAUGUGUCUCGCGGCGCCGACGCUCUCUUGACCCACACGCUGCGACACUCCCGCCACGAGGUCACGAGUCCUCGGGGUGGCCCCCAGGAUGACCCCGGGUCACGGGACCAGGUGGCCCUUGACCUGGCCUCCCCCAGGGACUCCCUGGCCGGGGCCAAGGGACUCCUGAACGCCCCGGGGCAGAACAACUGCUUCCUCAACAGUGCUGUACAGGUGCUGUGGCAUCUGGACAUCUUCCGGCGGAGUUUCCGGGAGCUGAAUGGCCACGCCUGCAUGUCUGAGGCCUGCAUCUUCUGCGCCCUCAAGGAACUGUUCUCGCAGCUGCAAUACAGUCAUGAGUCAGCCCUGCCACCAGAUGCUCUACGCCGUGCCCUUGCCCAGACUUUUUACAACCAACAGCGGUUCCAGUUGGGCUUUAUGGAUGAUGCUGCAGAGUGCUUUGAAAAUAUUUUACUCCGGAUCCAUUUCCAUGUGGCAAGCGGGGAAGCGGAGGACAUGUGCAAUGCUCGUCAUUGUAUUCCUCACCAGAGGUUUGCCAUGACACUGGUAGAGCAAAGUGUAUGUGGUGACUGUGGAGCAACCUCCGAGCCUCUUCCUUUUACACAGAUGGUGCAUUACGUAUCUGCCUCGGCCCUCACUGCCCAGGCCAAGCAGAUGACUGAUCCGGGCGGUAGUUCUCAAACCCAGCAUCAGCAGCUAGAUAUGUUCGGCCAACUGCUUAAGAAGGCAGGUGGCAUGGGUGACAUUCGCGACUGCCCUAGUGCGUGUGGGGCCAAGAUCCAGAUCUGCCGGACACUGAUGAACCGACCGGAGAUUGUGUCCAUUGGCGUUGUGUGGGACUCUGAACGGCCCACACUGGAACACAUUAUGGCUGUGUUUGCCACAGUCGGCACUACUCUGAGACUGAGGGACGUUUUCCAGAGUGUAGUUGAUGACCGUUGGGCUCAGCACACCCACCACCAGCUUGUUGGUGUGGUAACUUACUAUGGAAAACACUACUCUACAUUCUUUUACCACACAAAACUUCGAGUGUGGAUUUAUUUCGACGAUGCCACAGUUCGUGAAAUUGGACCACACUGGGAGCAAGUUGUAGACAAAUGCAGGCGUGGGCAUUUCCAGCCACUAUUGCUGCUGUAUGCUAACCCAAGUGGGACACCCGUGCCCGUGGAUAGUGCCCCACGGACAGUGACACUAGUACCAGGACACCGUCCACAUACCCGCACUUCCCAAUCUUCACUAAAGCCCACCACUGGAGAGCCCUAUUCCCAGACCUCGACUCGUCGUGCUGUCACACCUAAUCCAGAAAAGUGUGGAGAUGGGUCAGGACCCACUCCUCGCCGAGCAAUCACACCUAGCCCUGAAGUAGCUGCCCAUAGAGACUAUCAAAAUAUUCAUGCCCUUGCUGCCCACAUUUAUCAAGAUGGUAAUGGAGAAGCUCACAUUGAUGAGGUGUUUGAGGCGGGUACCUCUAACUAUCGGCGGCAGCUGGAAAGUAUUAAACAAAGUGGCUCCGUUCUACCUAAUAAGCCUUCCAUUCCUGGCCGGGGACGACUCGAUUCUGACGACUCUGUAUAUGUUGGCAGACGAAACGAUUCACAGCGACAGGAACGACAACGGUCAGUAAGCUGCAAUGGUUACAACCAGCAUGGGAACCGAAAUAGUAAUUCCUCCCUUGAACAGUUCGAGAAAGAUGGUCUGAAGAUGCCAGAGGGCAGCAAUGUGCCUCGGCGCAGAGAUUCCGGCAACUGGAGUGGCGACCGCAAUAGUGCGUCAUCAUCUUCAUCCACAUCUUUAGAACAUCCCUACCUAUUUAUAGUGGGUAAGGCAGGUCGCCAGCCACCAUCACCCACCAACAAAGCACCACCUAGUCCUUCCCGCACUGACCACCCAGAAUAUGCAAACCUUGGUGUGGGUAUUCCACCACAACAUGCACACACCCAUAACUCCAUGGUACAACCCCCUAACACUGGCCCUAAUGGUCAGUACGAUCCUGGUUAUGACUCCUACUCGCUCUCAUCCAAUGACUCCUACCCAAUCCAGCAGAACUUGAAGCAUAACUUGCAGCUUCAGCAGAUCCCUGAAUGUGUACAAACAAGUGACAGCCCUGGCACAUAUACUGGGGGAAGUCAGCAGGACAGCAGUAGUGUCAGCACACUUACAGAGAGUGAGACUGGUGGGAACUGCGAGACACUUUGCCUGGCUGCUGAUUCCCUACUGGAGGAAGCCCGUGCCCGUGAAGAAUCUGGAGACCUUUCCGGUGCUUUGGACCUGUGCAAUGCAGCUGCAGCAAAGACGCGGGCAGCGAUGGAUGCGCCCUACAACAAUGCGCACUCCCUUACCUUUGCUCGCAUGAAACACAACACCUGUGUUAUGCGGGCACGCUCUCUACACCGCCGCAUACUUAUCCAGGAGGAGACUGCUGCUUGGGAGGGGCAAUAUAAGCUUGAUGGACCUCAUCACAGCCGCCAAGGCUCACGUGAUUCUCAGAGGUCACGUACUAGCAGGCAAGGGUCACGAGAAGGGUCAGUCCACCACAGCAGACAGGGGUCACGUGAUGCUUCAAGUGGAUCUCAGGCCAGGUCCCAGGAGCAGUUAGACACAGCUGUGACUUUGGCACAGACAGCUGAAAAGCUUCAGAACACCAACAUUGAAAUUUAUGCUACACUGCCCAAGAAGAAAGGGAAGAAGCUGUCUUCUGAUAAAGUAUCUAGGAAAGAUGAUGUAGAAAUCCAGCUGGAAAAAUCAAAAGACAAGAAGAACAGUGACAAGACAAAGGACAAGUCACACAAGGAAAAAAAGAGUGGGAAGAAUCGUGCAGUUGAUAGUGACUAUGGCAGUGAUCAUAGUUCGAAGGGUUCAAAGAAGCACAUGGAAAAAGAUGAUGUAAAUGCAAUUGUUGAGGUAAAGGAGGAAAAAUCAAUUGGGAAGAAACAACACAAAAUCAGACGGAAGCUUCUUAUGGGUGGUCUCAUCCGGCGCAAGAACCGUAGCAUGCCAGAUCUUCGUGAGGGUCAAGAUGGAGAGAGCCCAAAAUCUGCCACAGAUGACCUGGAAGUUCGUAGUUUCUCACGACCUACCACACCUUCAGGAGAGAAAACCAUGGCUGGGUACCUGAGUGAGGGCCACUUGGAGUACAGUAACCCUAACCUUGAACGUAGCAAACUUAUGAGGAAGAGUUUUCAUGGAAGUGUUGGUAAAGGAUUGUCACCUGCCAAGAACACUGCAGCUACUAAAGUUCCUCCUCCAAUCCCACAAAGGAUUACUUCCCAACUUUCACAUAAAAAUGAGAAAAAUAAUAGAAAAGAGGAUAAGAAGCGAGAAAAGCGACCCCCAUACCCUCUGCCACCAAGUGACCGCCCGGGAGAAGAUCCUCCUGCACUGCCGCCUCGAUGUUAUACACCCGAGAUCGUUAAUAACAACAUACUUAAAAGUGAACCACAGUCUCUACCUUAUCACACACAGAUGCCACAAUAUGACAUGUAUCAGACUAACUCUCUUCCUUACAGUGGUCCUAUCUACGCAGACCAGCAACAACAGCAGUCACAACAGCCACCUGCCACACCUACACAGAUUACCAUAUGUGCUGAUGUUCACCAAGAAGCCACUCCAAAAGAGCCUCAACAGUCUUACCAGCAGCUACAUCAACAGCCCCAUGAACUAGAGGAACAGAUGCAUCACCAAGAGCAAGCUCUACAUCAACAACAGCAGCAGCAACUUCACCACCAGCAACACUACGAAGGUCACCAAAUGACUAAUCCUCAGUCUAAAGCUCAAAUCAAUAAUGCUCCAUCUUGGUCCAACAUUUCUCACUCAAGACAGAGUAGUGAGGAUUUUCCUCCUCCUCCUCCUCCAUUGGAGGAGGCUGUGGAGGAUCUCAAGAUCAGGGGGCUUUUGCCUCCACCCCCACCGGUGUCCAGGGCUACCCCCGAGGCCCUUAGCGUCUCAGAACCCUCAAGUUUGCUCGCGCAGCUACAACAAAAGCGACAACAGAUAAUUGAGAAUAAGGAGAGUACAGGCGCAAACAUUGAUGAUCGGGUUAAGUCAACAUCAAAAAGCAGCAGUGAUUGGCUACAGGAGCUGCAAGCAAAGCAAGCAGCAAUGCGGAAGAAGAUGCAGGAUCAGAAUGGACCCGGCUCAGGGGCAAAGAAUGAGGUUAAAGAAAAUGACUGUGCUGGUAGUAGAGAUAGUGGGACAACUUCUGUCCGUAACCUAGCCUCAAAGUUUGAGGGUGUUGGUAUAACAAAUAAAAGUGAUGGUGGAAGUGACGAGGUAGACAGCAGUGCUGCUCCAAGCGUAGCUGGAUCUCAGCAGCCACCCCAGCAACCAACUCGAGAAGAAAUUAGUGAACGACAACGAACAGUCAGCAAAGAACUGUUUACGAGGGAGUACACUCAGUGCAACUCACUCCAGCUCCCUUCUCACAGUGGUCAUGAAAGCAGACUUAGUUCUUCUUAUCGGACCCGAAACGAACACAGUGAAAGUGUUAAUGGUAGUUGUAAGGAUAGCAUAAGUGAAAGUGCCAAAGAAGAUUCUGAAUUAAAUACUAGUACAGACACAAACUCCACUGAUGGUGCAAAGAAGAAAAAAUCUAAGAAAAGUGUGACAUUUUGUGAUCAAGUGGUUCUUGUUGCAACAGCAGAAGAUGAAGAGGAGGAUGCUUAUAUCCCCAAUCCAAUUCUUGAAAGGGUCCUGAAAUCGGCUCUAACCUCAUCCGCCUCUAUGUCAGACACAGACACGUCGUCAUGUGGAGAGUCAGGCAGCCCAAGACCGAACAGUACAACACAAACAAAAGCUAAUGUGCCCACUCCACAGGCUAGUCCACAUUAUCAGUCUGUAAACAAUCCACAGAGUCAGCCUCAGCCACAACAUUCAUACAUGCAGUCACAUACUUCAACACAGGGCUACCAUGCCCAAUCGGUUCAUAACCCAGCACACCAUCCCCAACCCCACCUUCAUUCUGCACAGUCUUAUUCAUCUCAGCCCACCACCCAACAGCCUCACCAAACCCAAGUUUAUCCUAACCAGCCCCCAUCUUCACAACACCAUCCCACCCCAGCUCCAGUACAACCCCAUCUUGGACACAGUCAUCCAACACAUCCACAUGGACAGCAGUACCAGCAGCCCUCACAGAGCACCACAGCACAAAUGAGAGUGCCACCGCCGUAUCAGCCUCCCCCCUGUAUUACCCAUCUCCAGGGCACCACAAAGCCCAUGGGCUCCCAUACUUCCCAGCCUCAUCCUCAACCUAACCCAGUAUCACACACUCAAGGUACACAUGGACAAAGUCAGGUAUGGACGCUUGCUAAUGGUUUGCAUGCUUCUCAGAUGCCCCAUCUUCUCCCUGGGCAACAUUCCACUAGACCAGGGCAGCAACAACCACAACAUGUUAGACACAUGGCAGCACAGCAGCAGCAGGCUCCACAUUAUCAACCUCAACAACAGCAACAGCAGCAGCAACAAUCUCAGCCGCGACAACCAGCUGCACCAUACCCUGGAAUGAUGACUCGCCAGAACAGUAGUCUUGGACUGCAACAUCACUCUGAAGCAGAAAGGACAUACCCACCCUAUCAACGUGUCUCACACCAAAGCUCUGUUCAGGCACAACCAGUGAACCACCAACAAAAGAUGCACCCACAGAUCCAUCAGUCUAUGCAUCCCCAGGGCCGUCCUAGUCACCCUGGAAGCACUGGCCAGCCAAACGGUUACUCUGGUUAUACACCAGCUGGAUCAUUUAACCGCCAACAGCAGCCUAGCCACCCAUCCCAACAGCAGCAACAGCAGACUCCACAUGCCCACUCACAGCAGCAGUCACAAACACAGCAACAUGGGUCUGGAUAUGGGAGUGUUGGCCGGGGGGGUGUUAAGGGAGGACCAGGGCACUUCUGUGGACCUUUGGACCCUUCUGCUAUUUACUCUACUGUGAACAAAUCCUCUAAGAAGCCAGCAGUGGCCCCUAGCACAGGCACUGCUCUGCAGCCCUGUAAUCUAUGUAGAAAAAAGUGUGUUAACCCACCAUCCACAUACUGUAAUGAUUGUGACUUCUAUAUGUCAAGAUUUAAGCCAAAAGUGUAAUACUGUACUCGAUCUUUGUCAUUAUCUCCUGUCGUAAAAAUCACAUGUCGUAAUAAUGUCAUAAAUCUCUAACCUCCAGAUAUUCUCAAAAGCAAAAGACAUGACAAUAGUUAUAAAAGCUCAUGAACAUCACGUGUCAGUGAUAGAUGGCAUUAGAGGGAGGUGGUGCAGUGGUGGAGCCAGCUGUUCAAGGAUAAGAACCUAUGUGUUAGUGCAAUGAUCUGCAACUCUCAAUACCACCCCCUCAUCCUUGGUGGUACCAGUGUUAUUAAAUUAUUUAUAUUAAAUAUUUUAUAUUCUACUGAAAUUAACUGUACCUGCUA